AAACAAACGACAAAAACAAAACUCAAUUCGCGCUACGAUAAAAUAAGCUCUCGCUUCGAAAACAUAAGCUGCUUUCUCAACCACAAAACAGGAUAUUCUGAUUCUAAAUUUACCGAUAAAAAUGUUUUGGUAAUGUCAUUCGAAAAUUCUUUCAAUUUGGUUACAGUUAGUAGCCUUCUUCAGAUUCGUAAAAGCAGGAACAGAGUGUUGUGGAAUGCCAUGCAUAUUGAUAUACUUGGUGGGAUACCCUCUGGUAUGCUCUUACAAAGCUCAUUUGUAGCACAGGGUCAAUAUUGACCGACCACAUAGCUGAGAUCAAUAACUGAGAGAGAGUUAACGAUCCGGUUUAGUGUGCUUCCAGUAGACUAGUACAAAGAAUACAACACAAAUUCAACACCAGUUGGAAUUCAGUGGCRAAGGACUUCGAGUGACCUAUUGGAUUAUCGGAAUAUUUUUCGUGGGUUAGCUUUCUUAACCUUUGAAUCGAGUAGGAUAUAGAGCAGUUAUUUUCAUUUAUUAAUUGAUGUCCAAGUCCUAAGUGUUGGCGGCCGUCUGUCAUGUUUUAACGCUGUAGUGUUGCAGUGCAACGUUUCUACUUAUUAUUAUUUAUGCUCCCCAAGGAUUAAUUCAAGACUGACUCCAAUUGAACAGAUAGAGCUCAACAGAGCGUAUCAGCCAGCGCAGUCAACAAAGGUUUCUCGGCAUAGUGAAAUCUAUCCUUUAAUGAAACACACGAUUUCGCUCUGAACACCGAUUCGAUGAAAUGCCAGAGGAGUCCAAGGAAGAAAAAUCAAAGAAAACGGAAAAUGAAGACAGCUCCGCAGCGUCACAGAAGGAUAAGAGUUUGGAUGUUGCAAGUUUGGGUAAACGAGUCGUGAUCAACAUAUCGGGUCUGCGUUAUGAAACUUACGAUAAAACACUAGAACGGUUCCCUGAAUCACUGCUGGGAAGUCGUAGAAGGAGAGAGAAAUUUUAUGAUCAUGAAAAGAAGGAGUAUUUCUUUGACAAAAACAGGAUAUGUUUCGAGUCAAUUCUCGCGUACUACCAAACGUGCGGAGUGCUUAUUCGACCUCCGAACGUCCCAAGGAAGGUGUUUGUCAAUGACAUCAAGUAUUUUGAUUUAGGAGAACAAGCUUUGCAACAAGCAGGGGAUGAUUUGGACACUGCUUUCACGGCAGAAGACCGACCCAUGCCGAAAAACAAAGUCCAACGAAAAAUAUGGUCGACUUUUGAAUAUCCAGACACGUCAAGCAUAGCGCGAGCAACGGCUAUCUUUUCUGUCUCUGUUAUCAUUCUAUCGAUAGUACUGUUCUGUGUUGAAACUUUGCCGCAAUUUCAUCCAAAAACCGACAAGAAAACAACAGGAAACGCAACGGCUGAUGUACCUGUGCCCAAGCACAAGUCAUCUUCAGCYAAUUUCUCUUUUUUCGUGAUGGAGGCGCUUUGUAUCGCAUGGUUUACUUUUGAAUACCUUAUAAGAUUCCUCUGCAGCCCUAACAAAUGCAAAUUUGUGGUCUCUGUUCUUAAUAUUAUAGAUUUGGUUGCAAUUGUCCCGUUUUUCAUUACAUUACCUAUGAAAGAACCGACAAGUGUAUCGUCUCUGGCUAUUCUGCGAUGUGUAAGACUCGUCAGAGUAUUUAGAAUCUUCAAGCUUUCGCGUUAUUCACGAGGACUUCAAAUAUUGGGACACACUUUAAAAGCAAGUCUAAGAGAGCUCGGAUUGCUAUUUUUCUUUUUAUGUGUGGGUGUGAUAUUAUUCUCGAGUGCGGUUUAUUAUGCUGAGUUUGGAUCAUCAGGGACAAAAUUCCUCAGUAUCCCACAUUCCUUCUGGUGGUCAAUAAUAACGAUGACAACUGUCGGCUACGGCGAUAUGGUGCCAGAAACACUCGGAGGCAAACUGGUUGGUUGCUUCUGUGCAAUUACUGGCGUUCUUGCUAUAGCUCUCCCUGUGCCCGUAAUCGUUUCCAACUUUGCUUAUUAUUACUCACGAGAACAUAGUCGAGAGAAGAACGACAUCAACGAUGAAGAAGAGGAAAAAGGCAAGAAGGAAGACGUCGAAAGUGUUUCMCUCUCAAAGGGUAUAACCUGCUGUGGCAAAGCACUUUCUUUUGGCUCGAAUAACAUCAAGGAUACAGAAGAAGCAAUAGAAAUGGACACAAAGAACGGAAAUAUCACCAAGAACAAGAAAAAUGAGAACACAACUGAGAAUAAGUCGAACAACGAUUCGGAAAAACAAUCCAGGACGGAAGAAAACGCGGCCAACAAAGACAAUUCCCUCAACAAUACUCCUUCGGUUAAAAAYGAAAACAUGCCCCAAGGAAGUUCCACAACGGUAAUAAAUGAGACAAACAUUUAACAGUUCUUUUGAAUUCUUUAAUAUUAAUUCGGGUCCAAUAUAUUACUAUUAGCUAAUAAUACUGGCCUAUAAUUGCUUUUGUUACGAGGAUAUAAUGCGAAAUAUGAUAAUAUAACAUCUCUCAACAAAGGAAUUUUCCAAGAAUAAGAUCAUUAGAGGGCGAGGAGAAUAACGUUGACCCAUAGAUUUAAGAGACAGGGUAUCUAAGCGUCUACGGUCAUCUACAAGUACACAAAGUGGUUUUAAAGUAUCGCUUUCUUUUGAAAAGACAGUGAAGUAAAACUAUCCUCUAUCAACAAAGUGUUGUCGAGAGGCGGGUGAUGCGCAUGAUCACGAGCAUGCCAAGGCAUGAGAGGAGCGAGAUGGAUUCUUGCAGGCAAGAACACUACRUUACCACAUCACUGCGCAUGAGCAGAAUAUGAUCCUACAUGCCUGAUGGUAUAGUWAUUGAGUUUUUUAUAUAACUAUGUUUCGGGAUUGUUCGAAUGCUGUCGUCAUUUGGACAGUCCCAAGAACAAUUUUGAUAGGGGUCUAACUUUGCUGCAAAUGYAAUAAACAUAUGCACGAAUCCGGAAUUUUUUAAUACACAUAUUCUUAUGUGUGUUUCAACUGUUCAGUUUUCAUAUAUAUCGGAUAGGAUCAUCUUUUUCGGUGGUUUUGUGUAAAGGAUAUGCCUAUUUUAAAAUAGAAUUUCAAACGCCGCUUAAAAACCGGCUUUUGUCAAWCUAGGGUAUUCUAAUCACUGAUAUCUCACCUGUCCCAUCGGUUUUAUCGAUCUAUGAAGGCAACAGUAUUUAUGMAGCAAAGUGCAAUUCAACUCGUAUAGUUAUGUCAGUGAAGAUUUUGGCGAUGCAUGUAGAAAAUAAAAGAAUCCUUGAAAAAGUUCAA